AUGCGAGAAUUUGACGCAAUUGUGAUCGGAGUCGGCGGCAUGGGGAGUGCCGCCGUCUACCACUUGGCCCGGCGCGGCUGGCGGGUGCUCGGUCUCGAACAGUACGACAUACCUAACGAGAUGGGCUCAUCCCACGGUGUCAGCCGCAUGAUUCGUCUGGCCUACCACGAGGAUCCCUCCUACGUUCCGCUGCUCUAUCGGGCCUAUGAACUCUGGCACCAACUGGAAAACCUGGCCGGCGAAAAGCUCCUGGUUACCACCGGGUGCGUGCGCGGGGGCGUCGGCGCGAGCCAACUGCUCGAGGGAUCUCUGGAGACGGUGCAGCAACAUCACCUCCCUUACCGCAUGCUCAGCGGGCCCGAGGUGAACCGUGAAUGGCCCGGCUAUCAACUCCCCGAAGAGGCGGAAAUGCUUUACGAACAACAGGGAGGGUUCGUACUCUCUGAGCGUUGUAUCGUCGGACACGUCUCCGCCGCGCUGGAAUUGGGCGCCGAAGUGCAUGGCCGGGAGGCCGCGGUGAGCUGGGAGCCCACAGCGGGCGGCGGAGUGGUCGUGUCCACCGACAAGGACACUUACUCGGCCCGCCGCCUGAUCGUCACCGCCGGAGCCUGGGCCGGUAAGGUGGCUCCUGAAGUCGCAACCCACGCCGUUCCCGAGCGGCAGGUAUUGGGCUGGUUCGCCCCCUACCGCCCGGAGCUGUUCCGCCCGGAGAACUUCCCGGUCUUUGGCAUGGAGGUCGAAGAAGGCCGUUUCUACGGUUUCCCGUCCUACGGCAUACCGGGGUUCAAGUUGGGCAUGUUCAACCACUUCCGUGAGCAGGUCGAUCCGGACACCAUGGACCGCGAACCCAACGCCCGGGACGAGGCAGCCCUCCGCCAGUUCACCGAGCGUUACUUCCCGGAAGCUGCCGGUCCCACCCUCGCGCUGAAGACCUGCAUGUUCACCAACACGCCCGAUGAACAUUUCAUCAUCGACACGCUGUCCGACCACCCGCAGGUUUCUGUCGCCGCCGGGUUUUCGGGACACGGGUUCAAGUUCGCCAGUGUGGUGGGCGAAAUCAUGGCCGACCUGGCGGAGCACGGCCAAACGGAUCACGACAUCGGGCUGUUCAAGCUGGGCCGUUUUACUGACUGA